CAAUCCGAAGGAGAACAGAAAGAAGGAGAAGGAAGCGGAUCUGUCGCCUCGCUGCUAAUCUACACCUCGACUCUCCGUUUCGUCUCCCUCCGCCGCCGUCGGGGCCUAAGAGGGAGCGGCCGGGAACCGUUGCGGGGCCGGGAGGGUGGGUGGCGAAGCAAGGCGGAGGGAGACGGCUGUGGCGUUGGUGUUUAGUCCGCGACGGCGGCGGCACCGUAGUUGGGUCCUAGCGCGGAGUCGUUGUGGGCACGGGGUGGGGGUUUGGGGGGAAGCGUCGGGAGGAGCGCGCGGCCGGCACCGGGUGCCCAGGCUGCCCCGGAAUACCCCGCAGGGCCCCGCGUUGCAGCGGGCGGCGGAGAAGGAGGAUGGCCGCCUCGGCCUUGUACGCCUGCACAAAGUGUACUCAACGCUAUCCCUUCGAGGAGCUUUCCCAGGGGCAGCAGCUCUGCAAGGAAUGUCGGAUUGCACAUCCUAUUGUAAAAUGUACUUAUUGCAGAUCAGAAUUUCAACAGGAGAGCAAAACUAACACAAUUUGCAAGAAGUGUGCGCAAAAUGUGAAGCAGUUUGGGACACCCAAGCCUUGUCAGUACUGUAAUAUUAUUGCAGCGUUUAUUGGCACAAAGUGUCAACGUUGCACAAAUUCAGAAAAGAAAUAUGGACCACCUCAAACCUGUGAACAGUGCAAACAACAGUGUGCUUUUGAUCGAAAAGAGGAAGGAAGAAGAAAGGUUGAUGGAAAAUUACUAUGCUGGCUUUGCACCCUGUCAUAUAAGAGAGUUUUACAGAAGACAAAGGAACAAAGGAAGAGCUUGGGUUCUUCACAUUCUAAUUCAACCUCCUCAUCACUUACUGAAAAAGACCAGCACCAUUCAAAACAUCACCACCACCACCAUCACCACCACCAUCGUCACAGCAGUAGUCAUCACAAAAUCAGCAGUCUGAGUCCAGAACAAGAGCAAGGACUAUGGAAACAGAGCCAUAAAACCUCUGCAACAAUUCAGAAUGAAACUCCAAAGAAAAAACCUAAACUGGAAUCCAAGCCAUCCAAUGGAGAUAGUAGCUCUAUAAAUCAGUCAGCAGAUAGUGGAGGAACUGACAAUUUUGUCCUUAUAAGCCAGCUGAAAGAAGAAGUGAUGUCACUUAAACGUCUCUUACAACAAAGAGACCAAACCAUUUUAGAAAAAGAUAAAAAGUUAACCGAACUGAAAGCAGACUUCCAGUACCAGGAAUCUAAUUUGAGAACAAAAAUGAACAGUAUGGAGAAAGCUCACAAGGAAACUGUGGAACAAUUACAGGCCAAAAAUAGAGAACUACUCAAACAGGUUGCGGCACUGUCGAAGGGUAAAAAGUUUGAUAAAAGUGGAAAUAUAUUAACAUCUCCUUGAGGAAUUAAUUAUUCAUAUUUAGUGUUCUGCUUAAAAUGUAAAUUUGAAUAAUUCUGUGAAGCCCUUAAAAUUCUGUGUAGUAGAAAACAUAUUUUUACACACCCAAUGAAUUGGCGUGUUUCCUAUUCACUUUUGUAAUUAAUGCAGCAUUUUUUUUUAGUUGUCAAAGUAUUCAAAUAAAAUACUUCAACUGGCUUGAAGAACCUUUUUAAUUUUUUGAUAUCCAAGAACUUUUUUUGCCAGCAAUAGUAUUAAAACAGUUGUAAAAGGACAGAAAACUGCUCUUUUUAAAAACGCAACAUGCAAUAAUAGAAUAGAUGUCAUUUUUAAGAGCUAAAGGCAAUGAUUUCUUUGACACUGCUAACUUCAGAUGAUCUGUUUUCAAAUUUAGGAAUAUGUAAUUUUUGAAAUAAGGAAUAUAAUGAACACUUAAGUUUUUGGCAACUGUUCUUUUACUUUCUAUUAAAACAUGGUAAAAUUAGGAGGGAAAUCAUGGUGCUUUUAUUAAAUGAAAUUCAGAAAUAUAUGUAAAUAUGUUUUAAUAGUUGCAUCAUUAGUAGUGGUCAAUGACUAGCCUAGUAUUUUCAUUAUUGUGAUAGGAUUUAACACUUAUUGUACAAUAUCCAAGGUAAAAUAUGUGUUUUUGUUUUGUAAAGACUACUGUAGAUUUUUACUUACAAGUGCCUUUUUGCCACCUAAUGUUUUUAUUUAUAGGAAUGCUGGUCUUUUGUACAUAGGUUUUGUUUUUAAUAUCAUGUUUAAUAAAUGUUUGUAUAUAAAUGCAUAUGUACAGGAGACAUUAAAAAGGAAAUGUAAACUGCUAGUGAGAUGCUUGAGGUUGCAUUAAGAACUAGCAACAACUAGCGAAUAUAUACAUUUUUUAGGUCAUUGUGAUUUGUGUCUGUAGGAUAGGGAUGGUAUUGGUCCUAGUAUUUUGUCAAUCGUUUCCCAAAAGAUUUCAUUUUAAAUCUCUUGACAAUACUAUAUUUUAAUUCUGCCACAAUGAAUCUUAGUAUUUGCGUGCAGAAAUAUGCAUGUAUAGCUAUAUAUACAUAUAUAUAGUUCUACAUAUUUAUUCUUGGUUGAAUAUUAAUAUUUUCAAAACAUCUUUACUACUUUCCCUACUUUUAUCUUACUAAUACUGUUCAUUUCACUGGUCACCAUUGCAUAAUUGGAUGAAUUCUAAAGUUUUCUAAAUUUGCGUUAAAUUUCCUUUGAAACUAUUGUAUAUUUUUCUUUGAAUAAAUUGGAACUACUAGUAGAUUCCAGUGGUGUUUACAAAGCAAACUGUCCCAACAUCUUAAAUCAUUGUUCUCUAAAGGAUAGUAUAGGAUGAUUGAGGUAUGUAUGAUGUUAGUGUAACACAUAUAUAUAGAGAGAGAGAGCGCCUUUUUUAAAAAAAGUGAUUUUGAGGCUUUAAUGGAAUUGGUCUGCUUUAAAAAUGUAUCAUUUCAGGGCAGCUAGAUGGCGCAGUGGAUAGAGCACCGGCCCUGGAUUCAGGAGUACCUGAGUUCAAAUCUGGCCUCAGACACUUAACACUUACUAGCUGUGUGACCCUGGGCAAGUCACUUAACCCCAAUUGCCCCACAAAAAAAAAAAAAAAGUAUCAUUUCAACCUUUUAGUUCAUAAACAUAAAAAAUAAUCAAGUACCAAAUUGGGUUCACUGUUUACAUAGAAUGAAAUCGACAGUUUUCCCCCAACAUCUUACAGGUUAAACCAGCUUAACUCUGCUCUGGGCAAACUACUUCUGCCCACCACAUUUUUAUUACUGGACAUAUCAUUGUAAAAGUUUUUCAUGUUUUAAAAGUAUGAUCUAAACCAACAUUUGAAUUUCAUUGCCCUUGGUAAGGAUGGCUUUCUCAAGUACGGUUGUGGGUGGUGCUAUUCUUUUUGAAAUGGCGUGUGUUUUAGUAGCUUAUUCCUACAGCUGUUCAGUAUGGGAUCACACUCAUUCUUUGAUACCCUAUUUAGAAGUACAAAGUUAUGGUAGUUUUCAAGUAAAACGUAGCUCGAAUAUAUCUAACUUGGGAAAAAAAAGCAUCAAUUUAUUUUCGUCAAGUUUAAAAAAGUAUAUGUAUAUGUAUGUAUGUAUAUAUACAUAUAUAUAGCUACACUAAGUUUAGUAGUCUUCAUACAUUUAGUAAACAUGCUAUGCUUUUAAUUAGCAUUUUCUGCCCUAGUUGUACUAUGCUGUAGUGCAUUUUAAUGCUGAAGAAAUUUACUAAAUCAAAAGACCUUUAUUUUCAUUUUAAAUCUUUCAUACCUGGUAUUUUUCCAAUUUCAUAUAUAUUUUUCAUUCUCCAGUGGUCAUUAUGGAUUUUAAGCAAAGCAUCCAUUUUAGUAAUAAUCAUUCAAACUUCUGGAAGUUGCUGCAAUUUAAAAUUAUUUUAUUUUUGUUUUUGUUUUAAGGAACACCUUGAAAUUCAAUUGAAAUAUGUCAGCUUUGUAAAUCCUAAUGCUAAAACCUUUAGGGGCUUCACAGUCUUUAGUCCUAAUUUAAAUAUACCUUUUUUUUUUAAAUUCCAUGACCUCUUUUUAAAAUCUAAAUUUUUAAGAUUGUAAAGUACAUUGAGUUCUAGACCCUCAUGUCCUGGAUCUGUAGUAUAUUGACAAAAUGGCCUGAUGUUCUUUAACUGUGGAUCUGUAAGGAGAUACUAUUGUGUGCUGUAUUGUGCUUUUUAGCUUGUUUUCAGCUGUUCAUUAGUAUUGACCAGUGAUAGCCACUUUGGCUCAAGUUAUUUAUGUACUUUAAGCCUGUUAAUAUUGCAGUCCUUUUUAGAUAGUAUUGGUCUAAAUAUGCAUUUUGCAGUGAA